GAAAACCCAGCGUUCGUAGAAAAGUUUCUUCUCUUUGAAUGACAGAACCACAGCAUAAUGCGUGGCUUCAACCUGCUCCUCUUCUGGGGAUGUUGUGUUAUGCACAGCUGGGAAAGGCACAUAAGACCCACACGGAAACCAAACACAAAGGGUAAUAACUGUAGAGACAGUACCUUGUGCCCAGCUUAUGCCACCUGCACCAACACAGUGGACAGUUACUAUUGCACUUGCAAACGAGGCUUCCUGUCCAGCAAUGGGCAAAAUCACUUCAAGGGUCCAGGAGUGCAAUGCAAAGAUAUUGAUGAAUGUUCUCAAAGCCCCCAGCCCUGUGGUCCUAACUCAUCCUGCAAAAACCUGUCGGGGAGGUACAAGUGCAGCUGUUUACAUGGUUUCUCUUCUCCCACUGGAAAUGACUGGGUCCCAGGAAAGCCGGGCAAUUUCUCCUGUACUGAUAUCAAUGAGUGCCUCACCAGCACGGUCUGCCCUGAGCAUUCUGACUGUGUCAACUCCAUGGGAAGCUACAGUUGCAGCUGUCAAGUUGGAUUCAUCUCUAGAAACUCCACCUGUGAAGAUAUUGAUGAAUGUUCUCAAAGCCCCCAGCCCUGUGGUCCUAACUCAUCCUGCAAAAACCUGUCGGGGAGGUACAAGUGCAGCUGUUUACAUGGUUUCUCUUCUCCCACUGGAAAUGACUGGGUCCUAGGAAAGCUGGGCAAUUUCUCUUGUACUGGUAAUGCUCUCAGGCUCCCAGGGAUGGGUCUUGGGUGGACAUCUAUCAGUGGGGUGAGUUCAUGUAUUUCUGAACUGAGGCACCCAAUUUCUUAUCUGCUCACCCUCUUCCACUGCUUCUCAGAUAUCAAUGAGUGCCUCAGCAGCACGGUCUGCCCUGAGCAUUCUGACUGUGUCAACUCCAUGGGAAGCUACAGUUGCAGCUGUCAAGUUGGAUUCAUCUCUAGAAACUCCACCUGUGAAGAUGUGGAUGAAUGUGCAGAUCCAAGAGCUUGUCCAGAGCAUGCAACUUGUAAUAACACUGUUGGAAACUACUCUUGUUUCUGCAACCCAGGAUUUGAAUCCAGCAGUGGCCACUUGAGUUUCCAGGGUCUCGAAGCAUCGUGUGAAGAUAUUGAUGAAUGCACUGAAAUGUGCCCCAUCAAUUCAACAUGCACCAACACUCCUGGGAGCUACUUUUGCACCUGCCACCCUGGCUUUGCACCAAGCAAUGGACAUUUGAAUUUCACAGACCAAGAAGUGGAAUGUAGAGAUAUUGAUGAGUGCCGCCAAGAUCCACCAACCUGUGGUCCUAAUUCUAUCUGCACCAAUGCCCUGGGCUCCUACAGCUGUGGCUGCAUUGCAGGCUUUCAUCCCAAUCCAGAAGGCUCCCAGAAAGAUGGCAACUUCAGCUGCCAAAGGGUUCUCUUCAAAUGUAAGGAAGAUAUGAUACCCGAUAAGAAGCAGAUCCAGCAAUGCCAAGAGGGAACCGCAGUGAAACCUGCAUAUGUCUCCUUUUGUGCACAAAUAAAUAACAUCUUCAGCGUUCUGGACAAAGUGUGUGAAAAUAAAACGACCGUAGUUUCUCUGAAGAAUACAACUGAGAGCUUUGUCCCUGUGCUUAAACAAAUAUCCACGUGGACUAAAUUCACCAAGGAAGAGACGUCCUCCCUGGCCACAGUCUUCCUGGAGAGUGUGGAAAGCAUGACACUGGCAUCUUUUUGGAAACCCUCAGCAAAUGUCACUCCGGCUGUUCGGACGGAAUACUUAGACAUUGAGAGCAAAGUUAUCAACAAAGAAUGCAGUGAAGAGAAUGUGACCUUGAACUUGGUAGCCAAGGGGGAUAAGAUGAAGAUCGGGUGUUCCACAAUUGAGGAAUCUGAAUCCACAGAGACCACUGGUGUGGCUUUUGUCUCCUUUGUGGGCAUGGAAUCGGUUUUAAGUGAGCGCUUCUUCCAAGACCACCAGGCUCCCUUGACCACCUCUGAGAUCAAGCUGAAGAUGAAUUCUCGAGUCGUUGGGGGCAUAAUGACUGGAGAGAAGAAAGACGGCUUCUCAGAUCCAGUCAUCUACACUCUGGAGAACAUUCAGCCAAAGCAGAAGUUUGAGAGGCCCAUCUGUGUUUCCUGGAGCACUGAUGUGAAGGGUGGAAGAUGGACAUCCUUUGGCUGUGUGAUCCUGGAAGCUUCUGAGACAUAUACCGUCUGCAGCUGUAAUCAGAUGGCAAAUCUUGCCGUUAUCAUGGCGUCUGGGGAGCUCACGAUGGACUUUUCCUUGUACAUCAUUAGCCAUGUGGGCAUUAUCAUCUCCUUGGUGUGCCUCGUCUUGGCCAUCGCCACCUUUCUGCUGUGUCGCUCCAUCCGAAAUCACAACACCUACCUCCACCUGCACCUCUGCGUGUGUCUCCUCUCGGCGAAGACUCUCUUCCUCGCUGGUAUACACAAGACGGACAACAAGACGGGCUGCGCCAUCAUCGCGGGCUUCCUGCACUACCUUUUCCUUGCCUGCUUCUUCUGGAUGCUGGUGGAGGCUGUGAUACUGUUCUUGAUGGUCAGAAACCUGAAGGUGGUGAAUUACUUCAGCUCUCGCAACAUCAAGAUGCUGCACAUCUGUGCCUUUGGUUAUGGGCUGCCGAUGCUGGUGGUGGUGAUCUCUGCCAGUGUGCAGCCACAGGGCUAUGGAAUGCAUAAUCGCUGCUGGCUGAAUACAGAGACAGGGUUCAUCUGGAGUUUCUUGGGGCCAGUUUGCACAGUUAUAGUGAUCAACUCCCUUCUCCUGACCUGGACCUUGUGGAUCCUGAGGCAGAGGCUUUCCAGUGUUAAUGCCGAAGUCUCAACGCUAAAAGACACCAGGUUACUGACCUUCAAGGCCUUUGCCCAGCUCUUCAUCCUGGGCUGCUCCUGGGUGCUGGGCAUUUUUCAGAUUGGACCUGUGGCAGGUGUCAUGGCUUACCUGUUCACCAUUAUCAACAGCCUGCAGGGGGCCUUCAUCUUCCUCAUCCACUGUCUGCUCAAUGGCCAGGUACGAGAAGAAUACAAGAGGUGGAUCACUGGGAAGACGAAGCCCAGCUCCCAGUCCCAGACCUCAAGGAUCUUGCUGUCCUCCAUGCCAUCCGCUUCCAAGACGGGUUAAAGUCCUUUCUUGCUUUCAAAUAUGCUAUGGAGCCACAGUUGAGGACAGUAGUUUCCUGCAGGAGCCUACCCUGAAAUCUCUUCUCAGCUUAACAUGGAAAUGAGGAUCCCACCAGCCCCAGAACCCUCUGGGGAAGAAUGUUGGGGGCCAUCUUCCUGUGGUUGUAUGCACUGAUGAGAAAUCAGGCAUUUCUGCUCCAAACGACCAUUUUAUCUUCGUGCUCUGCAACUUCUUCAAUUCCAGAGUUUCUGAGAACAGACCCAAAUUCAGUGGCAUGACCAAGAACACCUGGCUACCAUUUUGUUUUCUCCUGCCCUUGUUGGUGCAUGGUUCUAAGCGUGCCCCUCCAGCGCCUAUCAUACGCCUGACACAGAGAACCUCUCAAUAAAUGAUUUGUCGCCUGUCUGACUGAUUUACCCUAGGAUAAAGACUCGUUGUGAUUUUAAAGAAAUGGUCAGUAAAACUGUAAUGAGAGUCCCAGGGAACCAAGAUGGCACAUAGACAGAUAAGCUACUUUGGCACAAACACUUAAAAAUAGUUGUGUUGGUAAGUAGGGGGAUGUUUGAUGUAGCAGAAUUCUAGCACUCCCUGGAGGGUUGAAGCACUUGGUGACAACAACCUUUGGAAAGUGCUUUGGUUUCCUGAGGUCCUUCAGGUAACCAAGACCUCCCUGUUUUCUAGAAACUUUCUAAUGACUUGGCUAGGAUUUAGGAUUUUCUCUGUCACAGUUAUCGCUACCUAUCCUUAAUUUUUUUUUUUUUUUUUUUGACAGAGUCUCGGUCUGUUGCCCAGGCCAGAGUGCAGUGGCAUGAUCUCGGCUCAUUGCAACCUCUGCCUCCCGGGUGCAAGUGAUUCUCCUGCCUCAGCCUCCCAAGUAGUUGGACUGCAGGCGUGCACCACCACGCCUGGCUAAUUUUUGUAUUUUUAGUAGAGAUGGAGUUUCAGCAUGUUGGCCAGGCUGAUCUUGCACUCCUGACCUCAGAUGAUCCACCCGCCUCACCCUCCCAAAGUGCUGGGAUUACAGGCAUGAGCCACUGCGCCCGGCCACCAUCCUUAAAUUCUCGAGCUUGGGAGAGAAGAUGAAGGUUUAAAUGCAGGUAUUUUCACUUCUAUGGGCACUCUAAAACCUCCCAAUCCAAAGCGUGGUCCCUGGAUCAUCAGCAUCACCUGAGAGCUUGUUAGAAAAGCAAAGAAGAAUGUCAGACCCCACUCCAGACCUCCUAGAUCAGGACUUGCAUGUUAACAAAAUCCCCAGGGGAUGAGUAUAACCAUGGGUGUCUGAAAAGCACUAUUGUAGAACAUUCUUCUGUUUGCCAUGCUGACAGCAGAGCUUGUCUUUAAAGCCAGAGAGAAAUGUCUUCUUCUUGACUUGGACCCUUUGCAUCUUCUCUUAGAAUAACUUCCCUGAAAACUCAAUUGAUGUCUUCUGUCUCUUUGAGUUGCAGUGUAGUCAUCCCCUCUGCUAGGAAGCAUUCUUUGAAUCACCUACAGUAGAAUUUGGCAUUAUUUUUGUGUGUGCCAAAAAGCUUCAUGCUUUCUCACCCUGUAUUAUGAUUUCUCUUUUUGUUGGGUGUCUCCAACAUAGACUGUGAGCUUCGUAAGUACAGAGAUUUGCAUUAAGUAGCGUCUCAAUAAAUAUGUUGAAUGAAUGAAUGAAUGAAUGAUUAGAAUGAUUACUCUUCAUUUUGAAGACAGGGGAACUGAAGCUCAGAGAGGUUAAGUGACUAUCCCAGGAUCACACAGCCACAUAGGUCGUUGAGCUGGGUUUUGAGCUCUUGACCAUAAAGCUCCUUCUCCAGAUGCCUUGUUCCCCUUUUUCUCUUCCUUUCAUGCCAGGAAUACUUAGUUUAGGGUUACAGAGACUAGAAUAAUAUUUACUCUGAGUCACGUAAGCAGUUAGGAUUCAAUGAGCUCAGUCAUAUCAUGCACUGGACAAAUUGUUAACAAUAUUAAACUCAGUUGAUGGAGGCUCUGUCUUUGUUAUUCUUGGCAGCCUAACUUGGGAGGUGGGACACAUGUUUGUGAACAAGAGUUCAUCUAUGAUAAAUUAGUCUUCAACGCUUGGCUUAUCCAGAGUGCUCAAUACAGAGGUGAUAGUUCUUAGAGAGAUGGAAGCAAGAGAUGGCACUGCUCCUAUCCAUAGCCAAUUGUCAUAGGUCAAUGGCAUCAAUGGGCCCAAUAAUGAUCUCCAUCUAGCCACAUCCCUUUCCUGUAACUUUGUAACUCUCUCCUUGUCUGACUCUGGGGUUGGACUUGAGAUUUGCUGCAGCCAGUGGAAGGUUAGGAAAUGUGACUGGAACAUAAGUUUCAAAAUCGUAUGUGUAAUCCUUCUUACCAGUUACACGAUUACAUUUGCUCACCUUGCUUCCUUACCCCCACCAUGUGAACAUGCCCAAGCCCGCCUGCCGGAGGGACAUGAGAAACACAGAAUGAAGGGUAAGUCACCACAGUUACACCGGUGGAGGUUGUCCUCAGCCAGCCACCAUGCCAACUUGCUGCUUUAAUCACAGGAGAGAGCCCAGCCAACAUCAGCAGACCUGCUCAGCCAACCCAUAAACAGACUGAGGAGCAGCAAGAAAGUAUCAUUUUUCAGACACUGAGUUUCAGGAGUUAUUUGUUAUGAAGCAUUUAUUUGUAGCAAUUGCUGAUGGAUACAACAACCAAAGUAUGGUCAACAUUCUGCAUUGGACUGCAACAAUUUGGAAUGUAAAAAGAAAGAAUUUUGAUCUCAAUUUCUUCUGAGAUAUCAGGAUAAUAAAUUCUGUACUACUUGAAUAAAGUUUUUUCCUGAUAGAA